AUGAUGCUCCGGCCCCGGCGGCCACCCCCGCCUGCGCCGCCCGGAUCGCUGACGCAGGCCAGCCCAGACCUCGAGCCUGGGUAUGCCCCAGGAACUCCGCCUAGACGGCCCGCCUCGCCUGGCGCGCCGGUAGCGCCUGAAAUCCCCGGGUCGCCGGUGUCCCCAGGCUCAGCGCAGCGCACGCCUUGGAGCGCCCACGAGACGGAGCUGUUGCUGGGCACGCUGCUGCAACCGGCUGUGUGGCGCGCGCUACUGCUGGACCGCCGCCGAGCGCUGCCCAUCUACCGGCGCGUGUCGGCCGAGCUGGCCCGCCAGCAGGUGCGGCGCACGCCCGCGCAAUGCCGCCGCCGCUACAAGUUCCUCAAGGACAAGCUCCGCGACGCGCAAGACCAGCCGCCGGGACCCUUCGACGCGCAGAUCCGCGAGCUCAUGGGGCUGCUUGGCGAUAACGGCCGUAGGCGCGGCCGUCGCCGCUCCCCCGGGCCUGGGCGCCCUCCGCGCGGUCGCCGCGCGGUCCCGGGUACGCCCGCCGAGCCGGACGCCCCGCCGCUGCCUGCCGCCCGAGACCCCGACGUGGACCCCGCCUGGACGCUCAGAUUCAGCUCGUCCCCGCCCAAGUCUUCUGAGGCUCCCGGCGAUCCCGGCUCCCCGACGGCACUCCCCAGCUUAACCCCCGCGCCCGGCCGUCCCGAGGAUCACGCGUCCGACCGCGCCCCCGGCUCCCCGCCGCCCCUCGACCCUGCCUGGGAAGAGCCCGACUCGCCGCCGGGCCGCCCAGAAAACCACGCGCCACCCCAGGCUGCACCCCCGUCGCUGAAUGCCGCCCUCCUGCAGACCCUGGGGCACCUGGGCGACAUCGUGGCCAUCCUGGGCCCCCUGCGCGACCAGCUGCUGACGCUGAACCAGCACGUGGAGCAGCUGCGCGGCUCCUUCGACCAGACCGUGUCCCUGGCGGUGGGCUUCAUCCUAGGCAGCGCCGCCGCGGAGCGGGGCGUCCUGGGGGACCCGCGCCCGUGA